GGUCGCCGCGUUUUUCGCGCGUGUCAGACCGGUGUCGGCGUGUGUAACAUUUUUGAAAUUCGAUUGUAACAAUCUAACGUAUGUCGGUUGUCACAUUCGCCGUGCCUUAUUUCAUCCGUGUUCAUUGUUACUGGUAGACCGUAAGUGUCGAAAUUUUGGAAUCGACGCCACUAAGCGAAGAUUGCCGCCGACAUGGAGCCUCUGAAAAUAUACGCUUUGGAGUUAGCCGGGAAAAUGGUAGACAAACACAUAGCGGCUGAUAAUAAUUUCCCAAGUUUCAUCAACUUAAUGAGAUAUCACGCACAAAGUGGACCGACAGUGAGUGGGCUUGACGAUCACGAUUAUCCAAGUUUGCCUGGACCACCUCUGAGUCUGACAGGGAUGAAUCAGGUGAAGAUGCACAGCAAAGUUCCUCUUCCCUCCGAAGUGAUGGAACAUUUUGGCCACAUGCAGUGCCACUGUAUGAUGGGAUUAUUUACAGACAUUUCGAAAGCAUGGCUUACCAUUGAUAGCGAUAUUUACAUUUGGUCCUUGGAGAACGAAUGCGACGUAGCUUAUUUCGAUGGCCUAAACGAAACCAUCAUCAGCGUUGGUCUGAUAAAACCAAAAGCAGGAGUUUUUCAGAACUAUGUCAAGUAUUUACUCAUACUUACGACAACGAUCGAGAUCACUGUCCUUGGUGUUACGAUAGAAGACAAAGAAGGUUCGGGCGGAGAGAUACAGCUAGUCCCAGAACCAAUUUUCACAGUUCCAACCGAUGGUAUUGCAAUUACAACAAUAGCCAGUACAGCCGGUGGUAGAAUCUUCCUUGGUGGUAGAAAUGGUUCAUUAUUUGAGAUCUAUUAUCAAGCGGAAAGCAGCUGGUUUGGAAAGCGUUGUAAGAAAAUCAAUCAUUCCGAAGGGCCUCUGUCUUUUUUGGUUCCCUCGUUUGUCACGAUCGCCUUAGCGGAAGAAGAAGCGGUAGUACAAAUUUCAGUGGACGAUUCUCGUAAUAUCUUAUACACUCUUGGUGAUAAGGGGACGAUAACUGUAUGGGACAUCGACGAUGGCAGUGCAUCUAAAGUAACAUCCAUGUCUCAAGCUACAUUAGUGCAGAAUGCAGUUCAUGUAGUUAAAACUCUCGAUAGCAAUAACUUUAGGCCACUUGUCAGCAUCUCUGCUAUCGCGGAAGAUGAAUCGGCACACUUGAAUCUGGUUGCUGUUGCCGCGACGGGAUCGCGCUUCUACCUGAGUUGCUCUGCGGUAACGAGUCCAUCGAGGCGACCGCAGUGUCUUCAAUUAAUACAUGUUAGAUUACCACCUGGAUAUGCAGGCAAUGCUCCGGUCAUGCGACCGCGGAAAGUCCAAAUGGCAUAUUACCGGAAAGGAACCGUCAUUCUAGUCUGUGGAGGAGAUACGGAGACUGCCUGGUGCUUAAGCAACGAUGCCUACCCAUUCACGAAUCAUUUGGCCGAAACACAAAGUAUUUUACCACUGGAUAGUCCAGCUUGGGCAAUGGCCGAGAUCCUUGGAGAACCAGCAAUUCGGAUUGAAAAGCAAGUUCCUUCUCAGAGCGAGCCUCCAUUGCUGGUCAGGCAACAUAUGGAGCCACCAAGAAAGUUUAUAUUCCUCACGGCACAGGGAGCGAUAACUUUGAUACAGUUACGACCUGUAGAUAUUCUACGCCAACUUCUUUUGGAACAACGUGGACCAGAUACCGAUGCCGUUCGAGCUUACUUCCAAACUCAAUCCCCCGAGCAAGCAUGUGCCACGUGUCUUAUUCUCGCUACACUUGAGAGUACUCAAAAUGCUCAGUUGUCAGACUGGGCUACGAGAGCUUUUUUCCUGUAUGGAGGCCAACGGAUAAUUAUAUCCCCUUCGGUGGACAUCCACAGUGGAAUGUCCAGUAUUUGUACAGCAGAUAUUCGCACGUCCACUCCGCGAAUACACGAGUUUGAUCCUCGUGGUCAGCAAUCUAGAACUCACGCACAAAUUGGUCUAACAACGGAUUUAACGUUGCAACAGUUCUCUGCAAAGCACGGUGGAUUGUACCUUUAUGUGGGAAGAAUACUUCGGCCUAUAUGGAACGUCCGCUGUAUUAAGCAGGAAACUGUGAACAAUAAAAUCCACGUUUAUAGCACAGUUCCAGCUACUCAAAUUGGAUGGAUUCUGGGACAUCUGCAAGCAUUACGGUCGUUUAUGAAUAAAAAUACUAGAAUAUCGAAAGAGCUCGGUUCCUCACGAAAUGUUACCAAUGGUUUCGAAGCAUCGGUCUCGACGCGGUAUCAAGAACCUAUCAUUGAAGAGAGGAAUUCACUGGAUGCUCUGAAAGUUUUCAUCACGCAUGCUUGCGAGGUGCUUGGCUUGUGGAAGAUUUUAAAUGAGAAUCAGUUACACAAUAUUAUAAGCUGCUUGUCAAAGGAUCAAUUUAAUCAAUUUUCCACUGCCACGUUUCGAGAUUUGAUUUUGAUUGGUCAUGAGAUAUCUUCGUUACUCAUUAUUCAUUUAAUCGAUAGCUACCUGGGCGACAAUGCCUCAGUUGAUGCGGUUAGUUCUAAGCUGCGAGAGGUCUGUCCUAAUCUCUAUAGAAGCGAAGAUGCUGUAUGCUCCAAAGCAAAUGAAAUCAUGCUAAAAGCAAAAAGCUGUACAAAUCCUGAAGAGAAGGAAUCGUAUUUGCAAUCUGCUCUUAAGUUAUGCAAGGAAGUAGCACCAAGGUUAAAUUUAGGAGCAGUGUGUCAACAGUUUGUGGCAUGUCACUUCUAUCUUGGAGUGCUGGAAUUAUGCUUGUGCUGUGCAGAGAAAAUCGAUCCUAAUAAUGCAGCUUCACAUUAUUAUAAAAACAAUGAACCGGUGGAUGAUCAAGAAGGAAAUGUCGCCUACACGAAGAGAUUGGAGAUUUAUAAGGAAUUCACUGCCAUGUUGGAUCACUUGUACAAUCAGAGCAUUUCAAAUCCAUUGAGUCCAACGAUACCGAGCAAGCCAGGUCCACCACAGCAAAUUAUAUCGAACAUUAUAGUUCCACCGGCUAAGCAAGUGCUGCAUGAGAUUAUAAACGAUGCAUUGCAUUCGUUGUGUGAGACACUUCAUGCAGCGGUAUAUACUUGGAUGAUAGAACGUGGACUUCAUGGGGAAUUAGUCGCACUUGCUACUCCCUCGUUAGAAGCUUACUUAAUUCGCGUUAAUGCACCUGAACUGCUUUGGCAGUUUUAUGAGAGAAAUAAAAACCACGCUGCUGCUGCCAAAAUUCUCGAUGCAUUGGCUACCAAAGUUGGGUCGGAGUUGUCAUUGCCACAGCGUAUCGAGUACUUAGCUCGGGCAGUUGUGUGCAUGCGGAGCGAUCAAGCUGGUUAUGCACCUCAUCUAGGGAUUUUCUUACGUGAGCUGGAAGACAAAGUUGAGGUUGCUAGAAUACAGCAACUAAUAUUAGACACGAUUUGCAAUCAGCAACAGCAUUUCGAAUCGAUGAUAGUCAGAGAUGCCAAGUUAAGAUUGAAUUCCUCUUUGCUUGACAUUACGCAGUUGUAUGAGGAGUAUGCGGAGCCUCUUCAACUUUGGGAAUGUAAACUCGCUAUCAUUCACUGUUCUGGUCAUCAAGAUUCCAUGCUAAUACAGGGUAUUUGGAAUAAUAUAAUAGACAAUGAGAUCAAGAAUGUUACCUCACCAUCUGCCGAAGACAAAAUGGCAACAUUGAUGAGUAAAAUCAAGUUACUCGGUCAAGAAUAUUCAGGCACCCCGCACUGUUUUCCAAUAGACUUUUUAAUAAAACAAUUGGAGAUCCGAUGUUGUAGGCUACGUGUGAACAAUAGUUCCAUAAUUACGACGUUCUUGCAAUUAGGUGUGCCAAUCGAGGACCUCUUGGAUGUUUACGAUAAAAUGAUCGGUGGAAGUAAUAGAACGUGGUUAAAUGAAGGCAAUGAGUUUCACCUCAUUGAAUCAACUGCUAAUAUUGUCAGUUAUUUCCUAUCAAACUCUAACAUUGCUAACAACAAUACUAGAAGGAAAAUCAUAACAAAGUGCCAAGAUGUGAUUUCAAAGUGUUUAACCACGCUGUUUAGCAAACCUAGCGGUGGCGAUCUAAUCACAGAACUCAGGUCUAUACAGACUCUUUUGAACCGGUUGUAACGAUAAAAUCAUGUGCUUAGCUUUUGAUUAUGAUUGAAUUUAUUAGUAUUUCCAAUGAAACACUGUAACAUAAUAUAAGAAAAUAAUUUUUUAAAUAA